AUGCCAAAUCAAAUGAUUACCACCUUUCGUAUGUUACCACAAGAAGUUGUGAACCAAAUUCUUGAUUAUCAAACCGAUUAUACAAUUCUUUGCUCAAUGAGAGAUGUCUGUCCAGAGUUCAACAACAUUGUUGACAAUUAUCAUCGAUAUCAGGUACUCACUACACUAGAUCUGGGAUGGAAUCAAAUUGGAAAUGUUGGUGCAAAACAUCUCAGUGAUGCAUUACGACAUAAUACGACAAUCACCACACUACAUCUGGGUUGGAAUCAAGCUGGAGACGUUGAUGCACAACACCUUAGUGAUGUGAUAAGACAUAACACGACAAUUACCACACUAGAUCUUAGAUGGAACGAAAUUGGAGAUGCUGGAGUACAAUAUCUUGCUGAUGCAUUACGAUAUAAUACAGUACUCAUUACAUUGAAUCUUCAACGGAAUCAAAUUGGAGAUGUUGGAGCACAGCAUCUGGGUGAUGCACUUCAACAUAAUACGACACUCGCUACACUAGAUCUCGCAAGUAAUAAAAUCGAAAAUGUUGCGGCACAGCAUCUGAGUGAUAUAUUAGAGCAUAAUACAACACUCACUACAUUAAAUCUCGAAGAAAAUAAAUUGGAUGAAGAUGUAGAACAUCGAAUCAAUGAACUUAUUGAGCGAAAUCAAAGAUUGAAAAAUACAUAA